CCAGUGGUGCUGAUGCUGUGACAAUGGGAGUCCUCCAGAAGAGAAGCGGCAUCCGGACCGAGCGACAUUAAACACGGCGAGCUGCACCGGGCCGGGAGACGGUAGAAACACCGGGAGGAAGCUGCAGCUGCUGCCGGGAAAGGUCCAGAGAUGGGAGCGUUCAGCCGGCAGAAGUUCUUCCAGGAGCUGUGGGGGGGCUGCCUGCUGCCCACCGCCCAGCAGGGCCUGGAGCAGGUGUGGCAGCUGCUGCUCAUCUGCCUGCUCUGCCGCCUGCUCUGGAUGCUGGGCCUCCCGUCCUUCCUGAAGCACCUGGUUACGGUUGCCGGGGGUUUCUACACCCUCUACCUGUUCUUCGAGCUGCACAUGAUCUGGGUGGUGCUGCUCAGCCUGCUCUGCUACCUCUUCCUCUUCCUCUGCAGACACUCCACCAUGAGAGGCACCUUCCUCUCCAUCACCGUGCUCAUCUACCUGCUGCUGGGAGAGCUGCACAUGAUGGACACCACCAACUGGCACAAGAUGAGAGGUUCUCAGAUGGUGGUUGCGAUGAAGGCGAUCUCUCUGGCCUUCGAUCUGGACCGAGGAGUGGUCUCCAGCGUCCCCUCGCCCCUCGAGUUCAUGGGAUACAUUUACUUUGUGGGGACGGUCAUCUUCGGGCCCUGGAUCAGCUUCAACAGCUACAGAGAGGCUGUGGAGGGGCGGAGGCUGAGCUUCUCCUGGCUGAGUAAGGUGUGUGUGAGCUGGGUGAAGAGUCAGCUCUGUCUGGUGAUCUCGAACUGCGUGGCUCCGUACCUCUUCCCCUACUUUAUACCUCUCUACGGAGACAAGCUGCUGCGAGGCAAAAAGAGGAGGAAGAUCAGGGGAACACCAGCAAAGUGGCUGCUGGCGUACGAGAACACCAUGUCUUUCCACUUCAGUAAUUACUUUGUGAGUUAUCUGAGCGAGACGACUGCGACUCUGGCCGGAGCGGGCUUCACCGAGGAGAAGGAGAACCUCAAAUGGGAUCUGAGUGUCUCCAAGCCUCUGAGCAUCGAGUUCCCUCGCUCCACGGUGGAGGUGGUGACUUCCUGGAACCUGCCCAUGUCUCGCUUCCUGCACACCUAUGUUUUUAAGAGUGCUCUAAAAUUCGGGACGUUCUCCGCCAUCAUGGUGACGUACACAGCCAGCGCCCUGCUGCACGGUUUGAGUUUCCAUCUGGGCGCGGUGCUCCUCUCUCUCGGCUUCAUCACGUACAUCGAGCACGUGUUGCGGAAAAGGCUCGCAGCCAUCUUUAAUGCUUGUAUUCUGUCAAAGAAAUGUCUGCCAAACUGCACUCACCGGAACAAAAAGGGUCUCUGGGUGUUUUUGAUCAACAUCGCCUUCAGUGCUUUGGCGAUCCUCCACCUGACGUACCUGGGCUCCGUGUUCAACUCCAGCGUCGACUACAUGGAUGAGGAGGAGGACGAUAUCACCCAUCAUACCAUCCAGAAGUGGUCGGAGCUGAGCUGGAUGAGCCACUGGGCCACAUUCGGAUCCUGGAUAUUAUACCGACUCAUCCUCUGAUGAAGGCACACGGAGUGAGUGAAGCAAUAAGGAGAGACGAAAGGCUCCACGUCUGCACUGUGACUUUGUUCUGCAGCAGACAGAAGAGAACAGAGAACCAGCAUGCAGUGUUCAGGUUGCAUGCUGGGUAGUAUGUUGUUCUAACCUGCUGGGGACUGGAUCUAUAUUAGUGUUCUUUGACUCCCUGCGCUCCACGCUAUACCCUGAAAUCCUCAACCUGACCAUUAGAAGCUGUCCCUAAAGAGAGGGCCCUGAAGGCAGCAUCUCCCUGUUUCCCUCCACAAAAAGCAAAGGGGUUUUUCCAUUGGAUUAUUGUAGAAAAUAAUCUCUGUGGAAAACACAAGUUUAUGAUAUUUACACGUUUUGUUCAGCAGGAUAAUCUUCCCAUAUUAACACCACUUAAUGAUUUCUGAAGUUAAAAUCUAACGUUGGGCUAUAAAGGAACUACAGCACGGUCACAUGACUUCACGUCACCACCGCUAAGCUAAAGGCGGCUAAUAUUGGGCUAUAAAGGAAC